UAUACCACCGUGCAGUUCUUUAUGACAAUCAAGAUGAGAUCCAUCUUCACCAUAACUCUUAUUUGGGGGCUCUUCUGCAGAGGGGCUGCUCUCACUUGUAACCAGUGCAUUCCUGUUUCCUCUCCAUCAUGCACAAAUACAGAAACUGAAUGUGGCGCAAAUUCUUGUGGCAGCAUGACAGUUACGACUUAUGCAAAUAAUCAGAAAUUGCAAGACAUGAACUUCAAGACCUGUUUGCCGUCGGAGCAGUGCAUCAAUGGGGUAAUGAACUUUGGCCUUGUUAAGACAACAAUAAGCACCAAAUGCUGCAAAACAGACCGCUGCAACUCUCAGGAGACACCAGAGCUAAAUACAAAUUCCACUGCCACCGGGAAGAAGUGUUUCACCUGUCAGGGAGAUGACUGCACACAAAUGAUGUCCUGUGUUGGAAGUGAGGACCGCUGCAUUAAAACAACUGUGGAGCUGAGUGGACAGAAGGUGACUUCUAAAGGAUGUGCCUCAAAGAGCAUUUGUGUGGGAGACUUGUCUGCACAGUUGGGCUCUACCGCUGUAGGAUUAAGUUGCUGUGAGGGGGACCUGUGCAACGGUGCCAAGCAUGUGGGAGGAAGUGUCCUGCUCCUGUUGGGGUCUGUCGUCUCCGUCCUGCUCUUCCACUGAAGUCCCUCACAGGAUCUCCCAGCUACACCUGCCCUCCCCUAUCUGCGCAUGUGGACUGCAUUCACAUACCAAUUACAAUACUUUGCUGUGAUAAACUGAUUUCUGAUUAUG